CAGAACCGUAAGGAGGGCAAGCACAUUGAAGCAAUAAAGUGCAGCGAAAGUGUUUGUCCGCCAAAUGAUAAUCUGUAUCAACAGCCCGGUACUUAUGCAACGGCUGGGCCCAGAGCGCCAUUCGCCAGCCCAGGCUUGACAGUAAAGAGGUGACGAGAGCCUCUAGUACAAGGCUCGCAUUUAGAUAAACUGUGUAUUUGUGAUCUUUCGUGAUUUAUUUGUGAAAACAUUAUGAAGCUUAAAGCUUUAACGCUUUUUUUGUUACUUGGAUUUGUCAAGACAGGUUACUCCCAAUCACUACAAUGUCCGAAGGUGCGCACAAGUAGCGGAUGGUUGGAUCUCUUCCCAUUGCCUUGCAAAAAGCACACGGAAUGUAGUCUCAUGGGAGCACAACAGCUUUGCUGUAAGGGGUUCUGUACAAAGGGCGUACCAGGCGCCUCUAAGUUACGAAGCACCGAGGCGAGUGUACUCGAGUUGAGCACCAGCACAAGCACCAGCACAAGCACUAGCACAACAACAACCACUACUACCACUACCACUACAACAACUCCAAGUACCACCAGUUCAACCACCACUACCACGACUACGACGCCGAAGCCCACGACGACUUCGACGGAGCCACCGAGACCUUUCCUGCAGAUUUUACCCAUCCAAACAACGCCUAAGAGUAGCGCUCCAGCUAAAUUAGGCAAAAGCCAAAAGUACGUGUGCCCAAAGUCAAUACCAACAGUGCUGUUUCCACUCCUUUGUGAGAACAACUCGCAAUGCCGCGCCAGCAGCGGGCCCGACCAGGUGUGCUGCCAAGGGCAAUGCGUGAAAGGCGUGCCAGCCCCACGACCUACUGUCAAGGAACAAUCACACCAGCCAAUCCUGGGCGUCAUUCCACGUGAAUGUCCCGCCACGCCGCUGGGCGAGCUGCUGUUCGAAGUACAAUCAUGCAAGACGGACGCCGACUGCUGGCCGCGCGUGUGCUGCCCCGACGGCACCCGCUCCUACUGCCGCACGGCAAGAGCUCGCCUCGACCUUGUUCCAGUGGCCAAUAGGAUAGAGGCUCCAAUAAGAAUGUUGGAGUCUUACCUUCAAUGCUCACCACCGCCGCAAUUCGACUCGUUUCCUCAGAAGUGUCAAUCUAGCGUGGACUGCUUCCCUAACUUGUGCUGUGCAGAAGGUGGCAAGAAGCAUUGCCGACCCCCACAACGUAGUUUCUUUUCAUUAUUAGCUGGUGCGGCUCAGAGAUUCGGAUAAGAAGUACAGGAUAUAGUUAGUCAUAAAACGUGUAUAGAUUAAGAAUUUCUAUGUAAAUUAUUCAAAUACCUAAGUAUGUGAUAUUUUUGUACUUUCGAAAUUAAAAUGUUAUUAAAUUA